AGCAUCCUGACAUUUACAUGGCUGGAUGUCCAAUCCACCUGAUACAUAUUGCUGCAGAGAAAGCUGCUGCACAGCUUCCUUUUGUUCCAAUAAAGGUGGAUGAUGCACUUAUAGAUACCUACCAUUACUUUGAGAAAAUUUCCAAUCGCCUAGGGGAACUGCAGCAGUGGCAAGUGUUCUAUGAAGUCGACCACCGGACCAUCCUCAACCAUCCAAAAACAUGAUGGCUCUCCCUUGGUGUCAGCUUGGACAGGAUUCUUGAGAACUGGGAAGCCCUGAAGCAGUUGUUCAGGGAAGCAGUAGAUGCAUUACCUGAUGGUGCCAGUGAUGAGUGCAGGGAGAAAAGAGUAUUCACAUUCUACAAGUCCCACACCAAUAAGUUGUUAUGCCUCUUCCUCCAAAAUGCAAUAAAGGUCUUUGAGACAAUAAACACUCGUCUGCAAACACAGUCCCCACAGAUCCAUGUGCUGAGGCGAGACCUGCAUAAAUUAGCAAGAGACCUACUUUUACGAUUCAAAGAGCCAGGUGCUGUGAGAGGAAAAACAGUCACCGAAGUGAACUUUAAUACUGAUCUUGGGGUGAGAAAAAAUGAGGACGUGAUGAUUGGUGACAAGGCACGUGAUUUCAUUCAGAGAAAAGCUGAAGUUAGCUUGAGGGAAAAGAGGAUCGAAGAAGCCUUCACUGGAAUUAAGAACUUCUUCAAAGAGGCUGUCAAGUACAUCAUCCAAAAACUGCCGUUGAAUGAUGACCUCUUUCACCAUGCAGAGGUGGCCGAUGUCAGUAUUCGGACAAAUGCCUUGGAAGGAGAAGAUUUGCGGUACUUCUUGAAAAGAUUUCCAGUUCUGCUCCCACAAGGUGUUGAUGAGGAAACGGUGGAGAUGGAGUUUGCUGAAUACCAAGCCGAGGACAAUAUUCCAACAGGUGUGGAGGGGAUGGACAAGGUUUGGGUUAGGAUAGGUGCAAUGAAGGACGGUGCUGGAGUGCUGAAAUAUCGUAACUUGUCUCAUGUAAUGCUAGGAAUUUUGUGUAUCCCCCAUUCAAAUGCGCAGAGCGAGAGAGUGUUCUCUAUGAUCAGGCAUAAUAAAACGUGGAAACGAGGUUCCCUUGGGGAUGACACUGUGGAGGCUCUAAUGUUGGCAAAAUCAAGAGAUGGUCAAGCCCAUACAAGGGUUUACUCCAGUGACAAUUUAAAGCAUGUUAAGUCUGCAUACUAUCAAUCACUUAAGAAGUGAACAAGACUGCUCACACUGGUGACUGGUGAUGUCAUGGUGUCAUCCGGUCCAUUUUUCUCAUUGCUACAUAUGUGAAGGCUAAAGUGUGUCAAUGAUAAAGUAGUCCAAGGAUCGUUCCCAGAAUGUAUAGAAAC